CAGGUAGAGUCCAUCCAGAAGGCGGGGUCUACUCUGGAUGGCGACCUUAGUUUCUGUACUGCUCUGAUACUUCGGUGGCUUAACCAUGGCCCUGCGGGCAGUGUGGCUCAUAUGUCACGAACCAGGAACUCCACUUGGUGGCACCGUCAGAUUCUCCAGGCGAUAUCCAACUGUUGAAAAGCGAGCCAAAAUCUUCAAUGGAAUGAAUUAUGUUCCUGUACCUGAAGAUGGUCCCUUUCUUAAAGCGUUGCUCUUUCAACUUAGAUUAUUGGAUGAUGAUAAGGACUUCGUGGAGAGACGUGAUGGCUGUUCACACAUCAAUAAAACAUCCGUCUAUGGGCUUUUGUUAGGAGGGGAAGAGCUCUGGCCAGUUGUUGCCUUCCUGAGGAAUAGCAUGAUAUAUGCAAGUGUUCCAUUAGUUGAACAAGCUCUGUUCCCUCGCCCACCUUUAAUUAGCAUUAGUGGUGUCUCACAAGGCUUGGAACUGCUGUUGGGGAUACAGGAUUUUCUUUCCUCGAGUCAGAAAAAUGACACUGACCUAAACACAAAACUGAGUCAGUUGCCUGACUUGCUUCUGCAGGCGUGCCCUUUGGGUACUUUAUUGGAUGCUAACUUGCAGAAUUCACUGAAUAGCAUUAAUUUUGUAUCCGUGACUCAGCCGCAAAAACAGCCAGCCUGGAAAGUUGGGACAUACAAAGGAAAAGCACAGAUUUCUAUUUCUAUCACUGAAAAAGUAAAAUGCAUGCAAUAUGGUAAACAGGAUAUAGCAGACACAUGGCAAGUUGUCGGAACAGUCGCUUGCAAGUGUGAUUUGGAAGGAGUCAUGCCAAAUGUUACCAUCAGCUUGAAUCUCCCUACCAAUGGGUCUCCACUUCAAGAUAUUAUUGUUCAUCCUUGUGUGACUUCUCUGGAUUCUGCCAUUCUGACCUCUAGUAGCAUUGAUACAGUGGACGAUUCUGCCUUUAGUGGGCCAUAUAAAUUUCCAUUCACUCCGCCUUUAGAGUCAUUCAACUUAUGCCACUACACUUCUCAGGUUCCUGUCCCACCAAUAUUGGGUUCUUACCACAUGAAAGAAGAAGGAGUACAACUAAAAAUAACAGUUAACUUAAAACUACAUGAAAGUGUGAGAAAUAAUUUUGAAAUCUGUGAAGCUCACAUACCUUUUUACAACAGAGGUCCAAUUACCCAUUUGGAAUACAAAGCUAGUUUUGGUCAACUUGAGGUGUAUCGAGAAAAAAGCUUACUGGUCUGGAUCAUCGGCCAGAAGUUCCCCAAAUCAAUGGAAAUUAGUCUUUCUGGAACUCUAACUUUUGGAGUUAAGGGCCAUAAUAAGCAGCCAUUUAAUCACAUUUGUAUUGGAAAUACAGCAUAUGUAAAGCUUAAUUUUAGGAUUGCAGAUUACACACUCACUGGAUGUUAUGCAGAUCAGCAUUCAGUUCAAGUUUUUGCAUCAGGAAAACCAAAAAUAAGUGCAUAUCGGAAACUAAUUUCUUCUGAUUAUUACAUCUGGAAUUCUAAAGCACCUGCUCCAGUAACAUAUGCAUCAUUGUUACCAUGAUUUUUUCAUAUUCGAAAGGAUUUAUAUGAUAAUAAUGUUCUAUAGUAGAAUCAUAGUAUUUAAUUUUUACAUGUAUUCACAUAACCCAUGACUGAAAAAUUACUGAGUGGUUUCUUUGUGAAAACAUUUAUAUAUUACAUUUUUAGUCUGAUACAGUGUAAAAGAAUAUUUUCAAGGCUAAUGUCUCCUCUUUUUUUUUGUUUUGUUUUUUUGUUUUGUUUUGUUUUGUUUUUUGUUAUGCUCUGAUUUCAUGCCAAUAUGACUCAGAAUAUAUAAAAGCUAUGGUUGGCUUUACUUAAGACUAGUCUUGAGUCUCUGGGCCACACGUUCCUUCCUGUCCCGUGGAGAGACAGUCCUUCAGUCAGAGCCCCUUCCUUGAGUAAGAGCUCAGCCUUCUCCUAGUGCAGGUUCAGGCAGCCGUCCUAUAGGUUGUAGUUGAUUUACAAGGAAACUGUGUGCUUAUCCAAACCUCAGUACAAACAGCGUGCUGUUGCAGAAUACCCAUGGUCUGGUUAAAAUAAUCACAAAUUGUGUUUUUCAAAGCUGGCAGUGGGAAAUAAUGGGAUAAUGUUCAAAUAGUAACCUGUCCUUUAUCACAUUUCUCCUGCUAGCCAGUAAACCUCUGUAACUAUUUGAUGUUCUAGAGCUACUGUCUUUCUGAGACAGAGUCUCAUGAAGCCCGGGCUGGCCUAGGACUCACUGUAUAGCUAAGGGUGAUCCCUCUUAAGUGCUGAGAUUACAGUGCUGUACCACCAUGGCCAGUGCCCUUCUAGGGAUCAAACUCAGAGCUUUAUGCUUGCCAGACAAGCACCCUACCAGCUGAGCUAUGACCCUAACCCGUCUAGGGCUGCUGUAACAAACUUAAUGAUAUGCCAGAACAACUGUGUUUAGGAUGCCAGUAGACUUAAGACUGCAGUAACUUCAGAAGAUGAGCAUAAUGAUCUAUGAUUAUUUAGUGUCAUUGGACAAGGCUUUAAAAAUAAUUGUAGGUAUUACAGUGUUUGUUUAGCUUUUUUUUUUUUUUAAAUAAAAUCUGUUAAUGAAUGAACUUGGGUAAACACCCAAAAGCCUUUCUGUGGGUAUCAUUUAGACUUAUUUAAUAUAGCAAUUUUUUUUUCUGGUUUUUCUCGAGACAGGGUUUCUCUGUAUAGCCCUGACUGUCCUGGAACUCACUCUGUAGACCAGUCUGGCCUCAAACUCAGAAAUCCACCUGCCUCUGCCUCCCAAGUGCUAGGAUUAAAGGCGUGCACCACCACAGCCCAACAAUUUUUUUCUUUGUCUGUCCCUGUCAUUUUCUUUUCACCAUUUUCUUGGUUCCCUUAAACCCAUCCAGCCGCGCUGCUUCUCUUCUCCCGUUUCUACAGUCACAUGACAUACUUACUCUUUUUUCAGAGCAGCAUACUGUUGUCAAAUUAGACUUUAAGUGACUAAAAAAAAAAAACAAUCUGAAGAUCCUGGGAACUUAACUGAUGUCAAAGUUAAAAGUCAGACAAAACAUUUGAAUUGCAGAAUAUUUAAUUAAACUUAUUCUGGGCUCUGUUUCUUUUUUGUCUUUUUUUUUUCUUGAGUCUUCUAAAAAAAAAAGGCUUAGAAGAAGCUGCUAAUUCUUAGAAGUAAAGUUACUAUAAUUGAAGAGAAGUAUAUAUAAACUUAGAACUUGAAAUACAAUUUUUUAGAGUCAGUCUUACUCAUUCUAAACCCUUAUUGCCUUCAAAACAUUAUCCUAGAAUAUAGUUCUAUUUUCACGGUCCUCUAGAGUAAAGGGAGGAGAGUGGCUGCCUGACAGGGACUUGAGCUAGCUAUCCUGACCUACCCAGAGGGAGGGAGUGAUGGAAAUGUCUGUCCUGAGAAAACAGUGUUCUGUAAUGGCUUUUUAUCACUCUUCAACUCAAAGCUUAAUCUUUCACUUUAAUUUAUUAAUGGACCUGUUUGGAAAUUUUGAUUGUACAAAUGCUUAUACUGUGGUAGAUAAGACACAUUUAUUUAGUGAGCAGGGAACGAUUCCAUACGUAAUCCUUGAGGCAAACUCUUCAUAGACAAAUUAGAAAAACCAGUGACCUCUAAUUUGACAUUUCUAGAAACCUGGGGAAAAUCUAGGGGUUACUAGAAAAGCAUGGGGGUGAUGGGGAACCAGUGCCAUCUGUUGCCAUUCCGUUCUAACACAACACUGAGGAACUCAGAGCCAGCCCACAUUUUCAUCCCAUCGAGAUCAGCUGGACACACUGAUGCUUCUGAUUUUGUCUAGAAACCUGUCACUUCAGGAUCAUUUCUGAAGACAAAGCUUGUUCCCGGUUUGGUAGGUGACCUGUUUAAUGUUUUCCCUGUGUCUGGGAACUCCUUAGUGUAAUUAGCGACCUUUGAACUCCACAACUAAUCCUGAGCUAUUUUGUAUUCCUUACUCAUCUUUAAGGCUGGACCUUUCUUUUCUUCAGAGUCCACUGCCACAAUUAAAGAAGAAACAGCUGCAUUUCAAAGGGAUUCCGAUUCCAGAAGCUUAAUCGUGAUUGACAUGUUCUUAUUCUAAGCUAUAAGACACUCUAAGAGUCCUUUCUUUGGUUAAAACUUCAAUCAUUUUCUAAAAAAUUAUCUCACUAUGGAUUUUAUUCAUUUUCUUUGAUAGCUAUUCUUUGCAUUUUUUUUUAACUUGAAAGGUGCUUUGCAUGUGCAGUGAAUAUGAGUGUCAACUUCAGUGAGAGAUUUGGACGUUGUCAGACCUGCUCUAGAUGCAGUAGUGCUAAAUUCACAUUUAGUGACAAAAUAUGACUAUGAAAUCUGAUAUCUGUUAUAAUUAUUCUUACUCAAUCCAAAGGGUUAAAAAAAUUGUUUCAAAUAUCUGAGAAUGAACUCUAGAAAAGAUGGGUCAUGAUUUGAGUAAAGCCUGUUCCACUUUUUUACUAAGCAGUCUUUUAAAGCAAACUCUAUAGCAGCCAGACAGGGGGAUGUUUUAUACCAUUAAAUAACGGAGCCUGUCAACAUGGAAGCAAAUAGGCUCCCUGGUCGUCCUUGGAGCAUUUAAUUUUAUUUAAACCUUAGCCCAUCUCAGAAUCAUUUCCUUUCAUGCCAUCUCAGUAUUUCUACUGUUUAAAAUAUUGUGGUCUUAGAUUUCUUGUGCUAUGUUUAACAACAGACAUUUUCCACAUAGUAACCAUUGCCAAUUUUUGUUCUUGUUUUUGUUGUUAUCAUAUUUAAAAAUCUUAACAACCAUUCAUAGAUUCUCACAUUACCCCUGGAAGUAGAUAGGUGGGGUUCACACCCAAAACCUCUGCAUGGACUGUUCCCCUCGUAGAAGUUGUCUCUAAGACAAAGGUCAGAAAAGGGAUGUUAAUAAACAGUCCUCAGGUUUAAGGGACUUUUUAGGAUUACAUCUUAAAUUCCAACAAAUCAGAUUUAGGAGUUGCUGAAAGUGAAAUUGAUCCAUCCCUCAUCCAAACUUUGCAAUACUUUCCUGUUCUGACAUCGCUGAGAUAGUUAGCUGUAUUAUCAGAUUAGAAACCAUUGUACGAGGCUGCUGAAAGGAAAAGGAGGCAAAAAGCUAAACAUGGGAUGAAUCCUGAACCUUUUAACCUGGCUGAAGUAUGUUGGUUGCUGUUAUGCAAAUACCUUCAAUCCUCUGCUAAGUUCCGUGGAAAUAAUUUUCUUGAAUGACAGGUUGAUUCAGCAAGGAUUCGGUCGCUGAUUAAUCCCCCUUUGAUCUAGGGUAUUUCCCUUAACCACCAGUUACCUCGUUCUGACAAAGUGCAACUGAGAUUAGGGAGAUCACUAGAACACUCCCAGCCUGUGCGUCUAUUCUCUAUAACCUUUUAAAGCAAGGGCCAAGAAUGCAAUUUAGUCUCAGUUUUUGAAGAUGUAAAGUCUUGUCUGCUAAGUUAGAAAGUCAAUUGAAUACCAAAUGAAGUUUAUUUCUUACGUAAAAGAACAAACAUUUUUUCUUUGCUCUGCCUAACAAUGAUAUUAAGAAUCAUGGGCUUUGAAGAGAGAGAAAACUAAGACCACCUUCCAAAUACAACUUCGUGUUUUGUUUCAUGUGCAUGUUUACUGCCCCCCAGAUAACCCAAGAAUCAAAGGAGUGGCUACAGUUAUGCUGAGAAAACAUUUGUGUUUCAUAAGACUGCAGUGUCUUCUCAUCUCCCCAGCCAUCCCCAGGAGAACUAGAAAAUACACUGCACAACACAGAAUUCCAGUUAGCAAAACAUGCAGCACAGUCUUGUUAGCUUUUCUUUCCUUGAAGAAGUAGCGCCUCAUAGUCUCAUUAAAAUAAUAACUGCAUUCAUUUCCCCGUACUUGAUAAUCAUUCUGUAAAUGUUUUUGCCUUUUGCUUUAUUUUUUCUCCCAUAUAGUUAAACUUAUCAAUAUUAUUUUACAAGGUAUCAAAAAUUUAUUUAAGUAUAUUUCAUGAUCUAUAAAAUAUAAAGAUGCACAGUAUACACACAAUUAUUUGUAACAAAAUUUGUUUUUAAUCAAGUUUUUAUUAUUCACUUUAUAAAUAAGAAACAUAAGAUGUUAUAUAAUUGUUCAUUAUUCUAGUAGCAAUCUACAAUAAAACUUAGUAUUUAAAUGA